CCGGAGCCUUCUGCGCCGGCAUCUCAGCCCUGCCCGCCGCGCUGUCGCCUGCGCCCCGCCGCUCCCCGGGACGUUUCGGCACUUGGUCCCUCCGUCUGGCCCGCGUCCCUUCUCCGGACCUGAGCAGUCGCCAUGGCACAGGUUCUCAGAGGCACGGUUACUGACUACCCUGGAUUUGAUGCGAAGGCUGACGCAGAAACUCUCCGGAAUGCCAUGAAAGGCCUGGGCACAGAUGAGGAGAGCAUCCUGACCCUGCUGACAUCCCGCAGUAACACUCAGCGCCAGGAAAUCGCCGAGGCUUUUAAGACGCUGUAUGGCCGGGACCUUCUGGACGACCUGAAGUCAGAACUGACUGGAAAAUUUGAAAAACUGAUCGUGGCUUUGAUGAAACCCUCUUGGCUCUACGAUGCCUAUGAACUGAAGCACGCUCUUAAGGGAGCUGGGACAGAUGAAAAAGUACUGACAGAAAUUAUUGCUUCAAGGACCCCUGAAGAACUGACAGCCAUAAAGCAAGUUUAUGAAGAAGAAUAUGGCUCCAUCCUGGAAGAUGACGUGGUGGGGGACACUUCGGGGUACUACCAGAGGAUGUUGGUGGUUCUCCUUCAGGCUAAUAGAGACCCUGAUACUGCAAUUGACGAAGCUCGGGUUGAACAAGAUGCCCAGGCUUUGUUUCAGGCUGGAGAACUUAAAUGGGGGACAGAUGAAGAGAAGUUUAUCACUAUCUUCGGAACACGAAGUGUGUCUCAUUUGAGAAGGGUGUUUGACAAAUAUAUGACUAUAUCAGGAUUUCAAAUUGAGGAAACCAUUGACCGAGAGACUUCUGGUAAUUUGGAGCAACUACUCCUUGCUAUUGUGAAAUCCAUUCGAAGCAUUCCUUCCUACCUUGCAGAAACCCUCUACUAUGCUAUGAAGGGCGCUGGAACGGAUGAUCAAACCCUCAUCAGAGUGGUGGUUUCCAGGAGUGAGACCGAUCUAUAUAACAUCCGCAAGGAGUUCCGGAAGAACUUCGCCACCUCGCUGUAUUCCAUGAUUAAGGGUGACACAUCUGGGGAUUACAAGAAAGCCCUCCUGCUGCUCUGUGGAGGAGAAGAUGACUGAGUGCCACCCAGAAGCGUCUCCUCCCCGCGCCUGCCUGCCACGGCCACCUGCGCACCCUGUGUAUGCCAGCGCUUGUCACCGUGCCUUACUCACACUAGCAUGUAACGACCAAACGUGUGUAGAAGAAAAUCGCGGUACUUCUUUCUAAGCAUCAGUUAGGAUCUUUCUCUCCGACCUAUGCCGUCCUGGAGUGUACCUGUGCUACUGCCACUAAAGUCUGCGUCAUUUCUGUUGUCCUUUGAGGUCAGACUGCUUUUAGCCUUUUUAAAGAGCUUCAUUUAUAUUAAAUUGCUAACCAUAUUACCUUAAUUGGAACAUUAGCCUUGAAAUUGUGAACUCCUGGAAGUGUUACUGAUCAAGUUUGCCAUAAAAUUAAACCUGAAAAAUUAUGGCGAUUGCAUUCAAAAAAUAAACAUUUCCUUCCCCCUACAUUAUGUG